AGCGCAAGCCUGGUGCGCGUGAAAACCGCCUGCAUCUCGCCAAAGCGAGACAAAAACCGAAUAGCCUACAUUAACAGCAUCUUUUUCAUUUUAAUAUUGUAGUUGUAGUGCUCGGUUUCUGUGCGGACCCCGUGUACCAGUUCAGACUGUCUGAGACUGGCAGUGUUGAAGGACAGAAGCGGAGCGGGUUUCGAUACCGGGACAGAAGAUGCUGAUUCUUCUUCAUUGACGGUUCUUGUCCAACCCAUGGGUUAUGAACACAAAAACACAACGGCACAUCACUCGUGUAAUAGAUCACGAGUUUAAAACGGGAUCCUUUUGUGCCUCUUUUUUUCUCCCACGUGCAAUAAAGUGGAUCCGCAUUUGAGGAGUGUCAGCGGAGCAGGCCUGUGCAAGACAGGGCGAGGAAAACUUCAGAGAAGAUGAGGAAGAGCCGGAGCGUUCUAACUGUGUCACCUAAUGAGGACAGCAAAGAGCCUCCGGACUGCAGACUAAGUGAAUCUUUCACCUCUACUGGUUGCACGCUGGGGGUAGACCUGCACAGGAGGAGGCGCCGGUUCUCUGGGAACCUACAGUUGCCUCCUUUAUCAUGGCGGCAGAUGGAGAGGUCACGCAGUCCGGAUGAUGAGUUCAUGGCAAGACCAACUACCCUGCCCUUCAUCACACCCCCUCGCAUUGACAUCACACCUGUGGACUCUGAAUGGUGA